AUGUUGCGGAUUCGUGGCCGCCGCUUGUUAGCAUGCACCGCCUCCCGUACGGUGUUGCUCCUUCAGGAUUCUGGUCCUCGCCACUACUGCUCGGGUCCUCUCGGUGCUCGAGACAAGGUACCCGGCGGUCGCGCCUACUUCACGACGCCUAUUUUCUACGUGAACGCGGCGCCGCACAUUGGGCACCUGUACUCGGCGCUUCUGGCGGACGCCCUGUGCCGCCGACACCGUCUUCUCCGGGUUCCUGGCGCCGCCGCCACCCGGUUCUCCACUGGCACCGACGAGCACGGCCUGAAGAUCCAGCAGGCGGCAGUCGCUAUGGGCCUUGCCCCAGCGGAGCUGUGUGACCGAGUCUCUGCCCAGUUCCAGCAGCUUUUCCAGGAGGCUGGGAUCGCCUCCACCGACUUCAUCCGCACUACCGAGGGGCGGCACCGAGUGGCCGUGCAGCACUUCUGGGAGGUGCUGCGGGCCCGGGGUCUGCUCUACAAAGGCCUUUAUGAAGGUUGGUACUGCGCAUCUGACGAGUGCUUCCUGCCUGAGGCCAAGGUCACCAGACAGCAGGGCCCUGCUGGGGAAGCGUGCCCCGUCUCCCUGGAGAGUGGGCACCCUGUGUCCUGGACCAGGGAAGAAAACUACAUUUUCAGGCUUUCCCAGUUCCGGGAGCCGCUUCUGCGGUGGCUGCGGGGCGACCCGCAAGCCAUUAGCCCGGAAACAUUCCAUAACAUAGUCCUACAGUGGCUAGAGGAGGAGCUGCCCGACCUGUCUGUGUCUCGUAGGAGUAGCCAGUUGCACUGGGGCAUUCCGGUUCCUGGAGACGAUUCACAGACUAUCUAUGUUUGGCUUGAUGCCUUGGUCAACUACCUCACUGUAAUCGGCUAUCCGGAUGCCACGUUCAAGUCUUGGUGGCCAAGCACCUCUCAUGUAAUAGGCAAAGACAUUCUCAAAUUCCAUGCCAUCUAUUGGCCUGCUCUUCUCAUGGGGGCAGGCAUGAGCCCUCCACAUCGCAUCUAUGUCCAUUCCCACUGGACGGUCUGUGGCCAGAAGAUGUCCAAGAGCUUGGGCAAUGUGGUGGACCCUAGGACUUGCCUUGACCGCUACACUGUGGACGGCUUCCGCUACUUUCUUCUUCGUCAGGGGGUCCCCAACUGGGAUUGUGACUACUAUGAUGAAAAGGUGGUUAAGUUGCUGGAUUCUGAGCUGGCAGAUGCCCUGGGAGGUCUCUUGAACCGAUGCACUGCCAAGAGAAUAAAUCCUUUUGGGAUUUACCCGGCCUUCAGCCCUGCCUGUUUCCCCAGCCAGCCUGGAGGGGUGGAACCAUCAGUUCGUGCUCAAGCGGAGGACUAUGCUCUGGUCAGAGCAGUGUCUUCUCUGCCCAAACAGGUAGCAGACUACUAUGAUAACUUUCAGAUCUAUAAGGCUCUGGAGGCAGUGUCCAGCUGUGUUCGGCAGACGAAUGGCUUUGUCCAGAGGCAUGCACCGUGGAAGUUGACCUGGGAGAGCCCAGCGGAUGCGCCCUGGUUGGGUACUGUGCUUCACGUGGCCAUGGAAUGUUUGCGGGUCUUUGGAACUUUGCUCCAGCCAGUCACUCCAACUCUCGCUGACAAACUGCUGUCAAGGCUGGGGGUCUCUGCCACGGAGAGGGGCCUUGGAGACCUCUCUUUUUUGUCUCGAUUCUAUGGACACCCUUGCCCUUUUGAAGGGAGGACAUUAGGACCUGAAACUGGACUCUUGUUUCCAAGGUUGGACCAGUCCAGAGCUUGGAUGGUAAAAGCCCACAGGACCUAGAAUUUCUGUUUACUGGCUUUGUGUUUACUAAACUAAACUUUGUAUUCUGUAUUUUCAGGAAAAGAUACUAGUUUGAAAGUAUCAAGUACCCUCAAAAGCUUUGUCUCUGUGAAAAGAGGUUUGCAGCCUUUUGGCUUCUUCCCCCAGGGCUUCAGCGUCUCUGCCUGUUAACCACUGCCCUUGCACACCAGUGUCUUUUGGAUGUCUCCAGGGGAAAGGCAGGUUAGAGACAACAGGUUUAGUACUAUUCAUUCUCAUUGCAUACCUUCCCAACUACAAGUUAGUUUUUGGCCCAGACUACCUCUCAGAGCUUGUCCAGGGCAAAUGAAUGCAGUGACUCCUUUUAGGAGAGUGGCGGCGGCUGUGCUUUAGGUCUGUGACAUCAACUUUUCUAAGUCACCCUUUUGUUACACGUUGGCUCUCCUACCUCAGUGUUGCCAAGAGUCACCUCUUAAAAAAGAGAUUCUGUUAUUGAAGCUUUAAGAACUCAUGCUUUAGGCCAGAGGAUUUUGCCCUUCUUCAUCCCAGGCUUUGAAUUCUUAUCCCCAUGUCUCCCUAGAUUUCUGAGCCCUUUAGCUGUGUUUUGUAACGUUACACUUUAACCAGUAGAUGGCCCUGCCCUCACAUAGAAACCCUCCACAUUGAGGCUUCAGAAGUUAGACUACAUUUUCGGCAUUCUUAAUUUUACAGCGUUUUUAUUGCUUUUCUUGAAAUAAGGGGUGACUUCUUUACAACCACUAGUGCUUUUACAGGAUACAAUUAAAAACCCAGAAUCCUCAUUUCUUUUCAACUACUGAAAAAUGACAUCUAAACUUUUAGCAAGCUAGCAAGUAAAAAUGCUUGAGGUACUUGGUAUGUUAACAAAGUGUAAGCUUCAGUAGCACUAGGUUAUAGGAUAUCUAUAAACAGCUCAAACGGGCAGGAUUUUCUUCAUGUCACUGUAGUCUUAGUUGGUAACAGAAUGUAGAAAUUGUGUAGUGAUUAUAAAUGUGGACACAUCUACUUCCAGUUUCUCCUGGUUUUGCCCUUUACCCUAUGAACUUAAUAAAGUUUAAAAGCUUGUAAGUACCUUA